AUGGCACUUCUAUCUAAUUGUAUUCGAUUGUGUUCAUAUUAUAAAUUAUCACAUUACGGCUAUCGAAUCAUCCACCCAUCGACAAUUAAUCAUCAAUUACAAUUAUGCCUUAGCAGUAGUAGUAGUACAAAUACCUCUAGUAAAUUUCAAAAGAAACCAUUUAAAUUAGUAUCUUUAAUCCAUGAGUCGUAUGCUACAGAAGAAGCCUGGCAUUCAACUAUCCCACCAUCUCCAGAGUCAAAUCCUUCAGCGUGUUGUUCAUUGUCUGAGUUAUUCACUAGGCCUAAUUUACAACCGAUUAUUGUUGAUGUACGCAGCCCGAAAGAAUUCGCUGAUGAUCAUAUACACGGUGCAAUAAAUGUACCAGUGUUAAAUGAUGAGGAAAGGGAGUUUGUUGGUCGUUUAUAUUCACAAGGUGAUCUUGUUCGUGCUCGUCUGCAUGGUGCAUCUUUAGUCUGUGCAAAUAUUAGUCGGUGUUUAAAACAACUUGCUGAUGAAUAUGAAUCCCAGCUGAAUAGUUCAACGAGCGCUAAUCAUCAUCAUCAUCAUCAUCAAAUCGUCAAUGGGAGGCGGAAAACUAUUUUUCCAAAUUUUUUAAUUUAUUGUUGGCGUGGUGGUCAGCGGUCAGCUUCACUAGCUACAAUCUUGUCUGAAACUGGUUGGCCGGGUGAUAUUUAUAUUCUUGUCGGUGGAUAUCGUUCAUGGCGUCGACUGCUAUUACGACAAUUAGAUGCUUGGCCUCGUUGGUCUAUGCCUAAUCCAUUUUGGAUGAUUUCUGGUCUAACGGGUUCCGGAAAGUCUUUAAUUCUUCAAGAAUUAAAUGAAUGUGGUGAGAUUGUGUUAGAUUUAGAGGCAAUAGCUAUGCAUAAAGGUUCAAUGUUUGGAAGUCUUGAAGUGGCUAAUCCUCAGGUAACUGACAACAACAACAGCGAUGACAAUAAUAAUAAUAGUAAAAAUAAUGCUUCCAUCAAUUCUAUUACACCAAAAAGAUUUCAAUCACGUCUCCAUCAAGCGUUAAUGAUAACUAAGCAUAGACUUACAUCACCGAAGAAUAUUUUAUGGGUUGAGGGUGAAUCACGACAAAUUGGACCGUUGUGUAGUUUACCGGAUAGUCUGUGGACAAGAAUGCGAUCAACUGACCCACUGGUUGGCACACAUCAUGUAUGGAUUGAUGUAAGUGAAGAGGCGAGAAUCGCGUGGAUUGUAGAGAAUUAUGCUUCAGUCAGUCAAAAUAUUCCUCAAGUAUUGCAUAUUUUAAAAAUGUUAGAAAAAUAUCAACCGGCAAAGUUAAUUAAUCAAUGGAUUGAAAUGUUCAAUUGUGGUGAUUACACUGGCCUUGUCAGCGGAUUAAUUCGACAACAUUAUGAUCCGCUGUAUAGAAAAAAUCUACAUCAAACAAUGCAAAAUGCUAAAACCUCUGGUCUAUUUCAUUCUCUUCAUUUGGACAGUGUUGACAAGUCGACUAUACAGAAGAAGCUGAUACCUCAGUUACUGGAUUUAGCUUACUCAUCAACACCGACAACAACUACAGCCAAUCCUUAUAGCCAUCGCCAUCAUCCUGAGGAUGAUAAUUCUGUAAAUGAUUGCCGAAGUAUUGCAGGCAUUUAA